ACAUCAACCACACCCCACUUUUGUUGGUUUGAAUUCUCCAAUCAAACAGAAGCAUUUCAGAUCAGUUUGAAAAUGGCCGUGGUACAAUAAAUGUCAAUCAUUAGUUCUUCAUUUAAAAUACUUUAUAACUCAGUUUUACAAAAUAGUAUAUCUCCUUAAAAUAAAUAGUUUGUAAUUUAGCUCCAAAGUAGCAGUAUCUCAAAAUGUCGAGUGAAUCGGUGAAAAAUUUUUCAAGUUUAGAGACUCCAGGAUAUGUCGGCUUUGCAAACCUUCCAAAUCAAGUCCAUAGAAAAUCUGUGAAAAAAGGUUUUGAAUUUACAUUGAUGGUUGUUGGGGAGAGUGGACUUGGAAAAUCAACUUUAGUUACAUCGCUAUUUUUGACUGAUUUGUAUCCAGAAAGACUUAUUCCAGAUGCUAUGGAAAAAAUGAAACAGACUGUGAGAUUAGAACCUUCCACUGUUGAAAUAGAAGAAAGGGGAGUUAAAUUGCGGCUUACUGUAGUGGAUACACCUGGAUACGGAGAUGCAAUUGAUAAUAGAGAUUCCUUUGAGGAAAUAAUUGGUUAUAUUAACCAACAGUUUGAACGAUUUUUAAAAGAUGAAUCUGGUUUGAAUAGAAAAAACAUUAUGGAUAAUAGAGUUCACUGCUGUUUUUAUUUCAUCUCACCCUUCGGGCAUGGAUUAAAACCUUUAGAUAUAGAAUUUAUGAAGAAACUUCAUAAUAAAGUAAACAUAGUUCCUGUAAUCGCCAAAGCUGAUGUUUUAACUAAAAAAGAAAUGCAAAAAUUGAAGAAAACUGUGCUAGAUGAAAUUGCUCAAAAUGGUAUAAGAAUAUACUCUCUACCUGAAUGUGAUUCAGAUGAAGAUGAAGAAUAUAAAGAACAGGUUCGACAAUUAAAACAAGCAGUUCCUUUUGCUGUUUGUGGUGCAAAUACAGAACUAGAAGUAAGAGGACGCAAAGUUAAAGGACGAUUGUAUCCUUGGGGCGUUGUUGAAGUUGAGAAUCCUGAACACUGUGAUUUUAUAAAAUUAAGAACAAUGUUAAUUACACACAUGCAAGAUCUUCAAGAGAUAACGCAACAAGUGCAUUAUGAAAACUAUAGAUCCGAAAGGUUAGCUAAAGAAGGUCCUACAACUAAAAGAAAUACAGUGGAUGAUAAAAGUUCAGUUACAUCUGGAGAUAAAGAUAGAAUUUUACAAGAAAAAGAGGCUGAACUCAAACGAAUGCAAGAAAUGAUAGCUGCAAUGCAAGCAAAGAUGCAGCAAACGACCCAGUAAAUAAACUAAUGAUACUUUAGCUGUGCAUAUCUUGAAACACACAAUAUUAUUAUGUUUCACAUCAGUUAGCCCACUGAAAACUUCCAUUCCAUUGACAUUUGUAUUAUAUACAUAGAGGUAGUAAUUUAUACAAUUAUCAAAUUUCUGACACUACAACUGCAUUUUUAAAUUGAUAUGAAUAAGUUAUCUGCUUGUUUGAACCAAAAUGUAAAUUUUCAAUGAUGAAAUUAUAUAUAUGACGAAUAUAAUAUUCCUUGGCAGCCAAAGAAUUUGAAGAAUUAAAGUACUAAGUCAUUUUGGAAAAAUAUCAAAAAUUUGAAGUUGGAUUGGAAUAAUUUAAAUAACCACUUUCAGUUAUAAUAGGGGUAGUCCGGGAGAGUUGACAUAAUUCAUCAUAUUUUCUUGUUCAUCAGGUUUAGAGAAUCGAUUACAGAUUUUUGAGAUACAUUAUUAUAGUAGCUACAUAUGUGCUUAAUUGUAUUUUUAAUAUAACGCGUCGGAAAAUGUAUUGACUAUUUUAUAAAAAAUGAGAUAUGAGUCAAGUCUCCCCACCAACAGGGCCAUUUGAACCAGUGUACAGGGAGAGCUGAGCAUACUAAUUUGGAGGAAAGUAAAAUCAUUUUAAGUUUGAAUCAUAGCUUUAUUAGGUUAUUGAACACCAUAAUUAAUGUGCUUGUAGUAUUUCCAGCAAGGAAAACAUAAAAAAAUAAAAAAUUUUCUUAAUAAUUGUAAUAAAGUGUUAAAAAAAUAAACAAAACUAAAAUGGUAAACUUUUUAAACAAACAUGCUUGUACUUAUUUCAGAUUUUUUUUAAAUUUAAACUAAUGUCUAAUGAUUUGGCGUCUUUUAACAGUGUCAAAAUUCUUUUUCUUUCAUAUUUUUAUUUUACAAAUGACAAAAGUAUUAAACAGUCUCCUUGUUUUGUUCUUUUUUCACUGACUUAAUUUUCUUACUGUUUCAUAUUGGUUUUGUAAUAAUUUUUCAGUAAAUUGCACCUUUUAGUGGUAACAAGAAAAGUAAAAACAUCCCGAUUUUCAGACUGCAAAUAAUAGCUGCAAUUGACUUAUAAUUUGUUAGAAAAGUGCCCUCCAAAACAAAUAAUGUAGACAUUUAUUGAACUUUAACGAAAAUUAAAGUAUAUGCUUUUGUCAAAGUGCCAAACGUCCCUAUUUAUAUAUUUUACAUGGAAUAAAAUUAUAUUUAAAUUGUGUCAAAAAAUUUAGGAUAGAAUAUUUUAAUGAACUUAGAAGGGGGCUGACCCAUGUGAUGAAUGGCUUGUAUUUUUAUUUUUUUAUCGAAUCUCUUAGAUAUAAUUCUAUAUAAAAAAUGAAAUAUUUUGUUACUAUUACUUAUCAUAUUAAGAUAUUUUAAAGUGACAUUUGCCGAAAAAAAUAUGUAGAUUGAAGUAAAUUAGUAUUUUUAUAUUAAUAAGUUUGUAAAAAAAUAUAAUACUGUUUUAAAUAUACAUUUAUUACUGCUA